AUGUAAAGUCUGAAUAGUUUUUAAUAUGAUCGAGAUAAAAUUACUAAUCCAUAGGUUGAAACGACAAUGACAAAAUAAAACAUAUAAAUAGAAAGUGAAACUUCUCUGUGUUUAUUAAAUAAUAAGAAAGUUGAAAUACCAAGCCCUUAGAUUGGCUCUAAUAUAAUAUUCAAGCCAUUUGCCAAAUUAAUAUUAUAUUUCCAUAUUGCAUCAUUUGUGAUUAGAUUUUAGAGAUAUUUCAAACCAGAUGGUUCAUUUAUGGAUAAACAUUUUGAAAUAAUAGGAGAUAAAGGAUCAGGUAAUUCAAAAGAUUUUUUAGCUUUUAAGUCAAAAAAGCCAUCUCUAACUGUAGUAAAUUUAGAAUCGGUAUCAUGGAGGGUUCAUUUUCCAUAUUUGUAUCGCCAAUAUAAAAGAAAAUUGGAAUAUUUAGCUAUUAAAUGCUUUAAUUAAAUUCCUUUAAUUGAACCUACAAACAAAAUAAAAAUGAUCUGGGAUAUUAUACUCAAUCUAAUCAGAAUUGAUUUGCUAUACCUUAUUCCUAUUCUUAUAACUUAUGAAAAUUUAUUAGAUUAAUAUCACAUGACUUUAAUUAUAGCUUCCUUCUGCUUUUUGAUUGAUAUGGCAUUAAAAAACAUUACCAUAUACUUUGAUUAAGGUUUACCUAUAAGAGAUAGAUAUCAAAUAUUACAUAAUUAGAAUGCUUUCUUAAAUUUAAUAGAAUUUUCAGGAUUGUUUGGAAUGUUUAUAUUCUCUGUUUUUUAUAAUUUUUAUGAAGACAUAUUUAUUUUAAAUGGAGGAUACCUUAAAUUAGUACUUUUAUUAGUAUUCUAUUAAAUAAAGAAUAUAUUAGUAUUUAUUGAUAAUCUGUCUUAAUCUAUGUCUUUUGGCAAAGCAACUUCAGCAAUAAUAGAAUUAACAAGAUUGCUUGGAACUUAAUUAAUUUUAUAACAUAUAAGUUCAUGUCUUUGGUAUAUUCUAUUCUUAUAUAAAGGAUAAUUAUUGGAAGAUACUCUCUUUAAAGUGGAACCAAGAACUGGAUAGAAAUUAAUCAUUUAGCAGAGAGUAGUUGGGAUGAUAUUUAUAUAGAAUCCCUAUAUUUUAUAAGCAUAUCUAUGUUCACAGUAGGAUAUGGAGAUGUACAUCCCAAUAGUAAUUAUAUAUAUACUAUGUUAAAGAUAAAAUUGAGAAAAUAUUUUCUAUUUUUUUUGUGUUUUUGUGUGCCUUUUAACUUUCUUAUAGCUUAGAUACUAUUGGACAUCUAUUGUAAUAACUAAAAAAAACUAGUGAAUAGAUAAAUAAAAAAUUGACUUUCAUCAAUUAAUAUAUGCAUAAUAAGAAUAUUAGCAAAGAAUUGUAAGUUCAAGUUAGAGAAUACUUAUAAUAUUUUUGGUAUUAAGAAUAAACAAAAUAAACAUUAUAAUAACAAAAAAUCUUAAAUUAAUUAUCAGAUGAUUUAAGAAGAUCUCUAGCAUAUGAAUCCAAUAUUCUAGUAUUUAAGAAAUGUAAAUUAUUUAAUCAAGAUUUUACAUAAAAAUUUUAAAACGAUCUAUUAAAAUAGUUAUCUUUUUAAAAUUAUUAACCUAGUAUAUAAAUAACUACACAUAUUGAUGGAGAAUUCUUUUUGCAUAUAAUUGAAUCUGGAUAAGUUAACGUUUAUGAAAAAAAUGAAAAGGAUAAUUAAUUAACAUUGCUUGGAUCUCAUAAGGAAGGAGAUUGCUUUAAUUUAGAAUAAUUUCUUAAAUAAGAGAAAUAGGAUAGAUUAGUUUACAAAAGUGGUGGUUUUGUUAGUACUUUAGUAAUCCCUUUCAGUUUAUUUUAUUAAACACUACAAGAUUAUCCUAAUGAUUUAGAGAAAUAUUAAGAUAUUAAAAAUUAAAUCUUAUUAACUCAUAUUUAAAUGAAAUAAUGUGUUUCAUGUGAUUCUCGAAGGCACCAAUCUGAUUCAUGUAGAUAAGUACAUUAUAUACCAGAUAGAGAGAAAGUCUUAAAAUCAUAUAUUUUUAAUUAAUAUUAAGAAAGAUAGUUUUUUGUAAGAAAUAGAAGUAGAUUAAAAAAUUACUUUAGUGCAAAAGUUGAUGUACAAUUUUUGAAAGAGGCUGCAAAUUUAAUAAAAGUCAGCAAUGAAAGCCAUGCAUUUUUGAAAUUUUAAGAUCCAGAAGAGUUAAUAAACGAAGAGAGCAAACCUAAUCUUAAAAUCAAACACGAUGUUGAUUCUAUUUCCCUUUUAAUUAAAGAUUUUGAGAGUAAAAGCUAUAUACCAGAUGCAAUUUCAGAAUUAAAAUUAUAAUAAUCCUGUUCGCGAUCAAGAGGGUUGAAUUAAGAAGAAUUCAAUGUUCUUUAAAAUCUUAAUUAAAAAUUAAGAAAUAAAUAAUUAUUUAGUACUCAUGAUAUAGAACAAAUGGAAUAUACUAUAAAAAAACUAGAAUUAAAUUACAAUCAUCAAAUAAUUUAAGAUUUCGAAAAGCUUAAAGAGUAUAGAAUUUAUAACAUCAAUCAUAAUGUUUCUUAAGUAUUAAAGUUCUAAAACUUACCUCUAAGAAAAGUUUAUUAUAAUAAUUCUAAUAGCUAUGAAACUUGUUAACUAAGCUAAGCUAGUUAUUUAUUAAAAUACUUAUUAUAUCCAUUUGAUUUUAUAAACUAAUAUAGAGUUACUAAUUAAAAUAGUAUGAAGAGAAGUGAAAAGAUUUCGAAAGUCUAAUAACGGCAAAGAAGAAUGUCAAAAGAGCUUUUAUUAAAAAGAAUAGGUAGAAAACUUAUUUUUAGAAAAGCAUUGCAGAUUCAUCCUGCAAAGUGA